GUGCUGCAGGGAGGAUCUGCGUGUUGGGUCGCUGCGCAUUCAGGUCCCCCCUCCCCUUCUUCCUCUUUCUCACUCUCUCCCUGUUCACCUUGUCUGUUCCGGCUGUACGGUUUCUUGUUGCGUCAGAGCCAAAGAGAGCCAGCGAUGCCGGGGGAGAGCGCUCACAGAUCUGUGCCCACCGAAAAACAUCCAGAACGGGGCGCUGAGGAGACGGGGCUCCCUGGACCAGACAUGACCAGACACCCUUCUAUUGACUCCAGCCCAAGUGACAGUGGCUCUUCUCCUAGUGACAGUGGUUCUAGCCCAUCUCCCAGUACUCCUCAGAAGCUACUCCCAGCAUGCACCUCUCCAUUUGGACCACGACUAUUUCAUGCAAUACCUAGCUCCUCUGGUACUCCAAGACCACAACCUGAAGGCUCUGACUAUCGCAACAACACAGCCAGACUAUCUGGAAAAUUAGGUGGUCAUGGACCAUGUGGCCACCAUGUCCCUAUUAAGAUGGAGAGAAUCAAGGUCCUGACUGGUUCUGAGGUGGAGAGUGACUAUCAAGAGCCACAGACCAUGGAUGCAAGGGUGGUGAUGGGUCAAGAGACACUGCUCAAAACAACAGAGAUCCAGAAAAGAACACCCCUGGUUAAGCCAAGUGGUCAGGCUAUCCCUUUGCCAGCUAUUCCAAUCCAUUCAGGUCCUCAAUCACAAGCGAAUGAGACAGAGGUGGAAACUAACCAAUUCCAAAUCCCUCAAAAACAGCAGGAUAAGCAAAAAGACCCUAUGCAGCCCCCAACCACACUUCCUUCCCCUUUUCAUAACCCCAUAUUCCCUACCUCCUCCUCCACAGAGCCAAUCACAACAGAUGAUAGUUUGAAAGACAAAAAGGAAGAGAGUCAAAACCUUUCUCAAGAUGAAGUGCCUUCCCCUUCUUUUUCUGAACUGGCCUGUCCAGUUGCUUUGUCCUUCUCUGAGCCAGCAUAUGCUGUUGACCCACUACGAGUGGGUGUGCCCACAUCUCUUGACCUUGACCUAUACUAUACCGCUCCUUCCACCCCAAUCAAGAUGGCCUCCCACUCUUCGCACCUUAAGCAUCAUUCAUAUCCAGGUUCUCCAGCCUGCCCACUCUCCCCUGGCUCUCCCUCAGACAGCGAGGACCUCUGUUCCCCUCUCACCUCACCCUCUGGCUCUUAUAUCACAGCAGAAGGAGGCAGCUGGACUUCCUCUUACACAUCGUCCACCUCCCCAUCCACUUCUCCCAACCUGCUCCUCACAGAAGAAUCACAGGAGGCCCCUGCCUGUUUUGUGGGCUCCUUAUCAGAGAUUGGAGAUGAAGUUGGGGAGGAAAAAGGACGAACGAGUCUUGAGCGGGAAGAGGAAAGAGCAGGAGACUUCUGCCUGUACCGUCCUGAGGAUUUUGUCAUGAAUGCACGGAUGGGCAUAACAGGGACAGUGGUCCUCGAGGAGGAAGAGGCUCUAAAAGAGGAAGAGAUCAAGAUGGCCAGAGAAAGUUGUCGUCCUUGCUGGCUGACUGACGAUAUGUCCCCGCUAAGGAGCAGUAGCAGCCGUAGCAGUGACUCCCAGGAGGAUGGGGGAGAGUCUGAGAGCUCACUCUGCCCACUGGAAGAGGCUAGUGCAGGGAGAGCAGAGUACUCUAGGCCCAUGCAGACAGGCCUGAAAUUGCAACUGGAAGCAUGUAUAUCAGAGGAACACUAUGGACAGAUGGAUGACCUCCCAGAACGACCCUCCACUGCCUUGACUCCUGACACAGAGAGCAUGACCAUGGCCUCAUCGAGCCUUAGUCCUGACUCACCUGUCAGCCCCCUGGAUGCCUUCUGUCCUGGAGCCUUUGGUGUGUUUGGCCCCAGUUCUUUCAUGUUUUCCCAGGCAGCCUGUGGUGAUGAUAUGCCAGAUGAGGAAAUGAUGAUCCCAGCCUCCCUCCUCUCUUUUCCCCUCCACACCAGCCUUAUCUUUAAGGCCGAUUCAAUGGAAAUUACCCUCUUCCCCACAGAGGACGAGAACGAUUUAGGAGAAAGUAAUGACAUAAAUGAAGGAAAGGAUGUUAAUGCUUACGCAGCAGGAGAGGAGGAGGCAGAUGUUGAAGAUGUCGAUGAUGAAGAGGAUGAUUAUGAUUAUGACGAUGAGGGUGAAGACAAUGCUAAUAGCACUGCUGGCGGUGAUGGCAAUGAUGAAAAUAAGGAAGAUGAUGACAAUGGCGAUCAUGAUGAGGUGGAUGAGGAAGUGAAGGUAGAGGUGAAAGUGGUAGAAGAGGCGGAAGAGGGGGAAGAAAAAGAGCAGGAAGAGGACAAGGAGAAGUGUGUUCUCAAAGCAGUGGAGGAUCCUACACAAGAAGACAGCUCAGCAUCCUUCCUUCAUUCACUUUCAGAGACAUCUAUCAAUGAGGGGUUGGACGAAUCCUUCUGUUUCCAAGACGAUACAGAUGACUCAUUAGAUUCUGCAUCCUAUAAUGGGGAGGAGGAUGAACGUCUAUACAGCACUGAGAGGCAUGCACAAUCACUAGAACCCACACCAAUGGAUGCACUUGAUCUAUCUGAAGUCCAAACAGAACCGGAACAGGGGUCUACCACUGGGACAGGUCCAACUGAACCUUUGCACACACAACUGAGCACAGACAAACCUCUGGAUGAACCUACACCCCUUAAACCACAGUCCGACCCUGAACUAACGUCUACCAGUGGCAUAGGUCAGACAACACCUAUGCACACACAAGUGAGCACAGACAAACCAGUGGAUCACCAGAGACUAUCUGGUACUUUAGAAGCAAUCUUUUGUCAACCAGAGUCAUCCAGCCAUCUGGAUGAGAGCGUGAGUGUAAGUGAGAUAAUGGCUCUCUGUGGUUCCUUCCAACCUCAUGAACAGCCUAAAAACAGCCCUCCUUUCGACCCGUCCACCCCUCCUGUGGUUUUUUGUGGUCCAUCUGAUCCUAUAGCUGAGUUGCACACCUCUCCUCCUUCGGAGACGGCAGCAGUUAAUAGUUCAGUUCGUCAAAAAGAAUUGACUAAGGAAAAUCCCCAGAUGAAAGAUGAUGAUUUGCAAGAGAGCAAGGAUUAUUCAGGGGAGGAACCCACAGCAGAACCAGAAAGGGACUCUUUCAAAUUGCUCAUCAAGCCUCGUCAUUAUCAGGCAGAAAGCCACAGGGCUGUAGGGGCAAGUAGAGUUGUAUUAUCAAAGUCUUUCUCCAAUAAAUCAGAUGUGCCUGUAGGGGCUGAGGCCAUAUGUAGGACCAAUAUUCACAGGGAGUCUGACAUUGAGCUUGACCAGAGGAAUGGGAAUGCCUCAGCUGAGUCUAUGAGUGCGGAGUGUCGAAGCAUUGACUCUGCCACCAAUGACUUAAAUAAAGGAGUUCUUCUUCUCUCCUGCCCAAAAGACCCUUGUCCCAACCCCAGUAAUAUCCCUGUUUCGGUUUCUGCAGAGGUCAUCUCAGAACUUGCUGACAAUCUGGCCGUGAUCCCCGGUGACUCUGCUCAGGAGAACUUGAGAGAAAAUACUCUGAGUACAGAUGAGGGGGUACUGGCAGCUGUUGGAUCCCCACACUCACCCCUUGCCAUCUCACCCAAAAGGGAAAACUCUGAAACAGACAGCAUGGCUGGGAGCAGGGAGAUGCGUCCUGGACCUGGGGCAUGGUGCCAUGACAGGAUGGGGCUGGGGUUCACUUUAGGAUUAGGCUCAGGGGCAGAGUUUGCUGUCUGGGGAGCAGGGGAGUCUCUCUCCUUGUCUCUGGGGAAGAGGUAUGAGUUGGAAGCAGAGGGUCUGCUCAUGUGUGACACAGAGGGUCAAAGCACACAGAUGGCCGUGGUUCCCAACAUGACCAGUGAAGUGUCUGACAAUUAUGACAAUGUUCUACGUUCUGUUCUGGAUGAAGAAGACAACAACAGUCAGUGUAGAAAGGGGGACCGGAUGGCAGAUGAAGAAUUGGUUGGAGAGGGAGCUUCUGAGUCCAACUUGGCUUGCUGGAAGUCCAUUGAGGAGAUCUCAGAAGCAGGCGGAGGGGAGGAUGGAAGCUCCAGAUUCCCAGAGGAUGAUGUCAGUAAUCUAAAUCCAGACAAUGAUGGAGAUACCACUCACACACAAACACAAAACACUUGGCAGAACUCGAACAAUAACAAUGACUCGGCUUUUAACUCCUUGGAAGUAGCCAUGUGUGGAAGUCUGAAUGCACUAUCAGAGGAAGUGAGACCCCAGAGUGUGAGUUUCAGUAUUAGAGAUUCUGUGUCGAAUAUUCCACUUGAGGAAAUGCCACCUCAAGGUUCUGACACAAUUCCUGAAGAAGGGAAACAAAAAGACAGCGCUAUACACCCGACAAAUGACACAACACAGGCACCAUCAAAGGAAGGGGCCUGUAGCAUCUCAGUGCCAUUAGUUGAAACUCACCUGGACAAAGCUGUAACAAACCAGCAUCUGAGUACACCAGAUAAAGCCAGAUCCAGAUAUCACACUAGUCUAGAGUGUCAGGCAAUCACUCAAGAGAGUAAUACAGCCUUUUCUUUGAUUCAUGGAUCCUUUGGUUCCUUUACUCCUAAAUGUAAAUCUAAUGAAUCCAGACCAAGUCGAGCUCGUAAAGAAAAGAUGGAAAAUACCGGUUCUCAGUCGGAACCUGAGAUGGCGGAGCCUCAGACUGAACACCAAAGAAGGGAUGAUGUCAAUCAUGUGACUGACAGACUUGUUGAGGAACCAACGAUUAAAAAUGCCUUUAGAGGACAGCAGUGUGUUGGAAGUAACUCAGGGGAAGAGGUUGAGGAAGAACAAGUGGAAGAGAAAGCAAAAAAGAGAGAUGUGGAUCAAGAUAAAAAGAAUGAAAAAGCAAGGAAAAACUCUCCUGCACAGACGGGCCAAGAGCGUCACGUGUGUCACGUCUCUCAAGAGGAACUUUGCGCAGAUAAACCAAUUGCUGCUAAGAAAGGGAGGAGAGGGAAGCAGAACAAAUACAGGGCAUCACAGGCAGGCAGUCACCCUGAUGGCAGCCCUGAAACUGUUGAUGAUCCAAAGAAACCUUCUGUUCCAUUAAAUCCCACAGCAGAUGGAUGGACAAAAGGGGUCCCAGAAAAAUGUAAAACGAAGACAGGUAGAAAGGUAAACAAAAAAUCAUCAUCGUCAUACGAUGAACAGAGGACAUCUGGGACCGAUGAGGCUACAUUUCGGUCACAGGUGCAGGGGGAUAACAGUCCCAGUCCUGAUGUCAACAAUCCUAGACAUGGACACUGCAAUUCUACCAUGCAUACCCCAGACAACCUCAAUGUUGUGUUGGCAAUGAACCAAGAAUUACAUCAGAAGCAGGAAGUGCUUGAUAACAGACCACUCUCUGAUAGUCAGAGAGGGAUCACAGUGGAUAUUAAUGAUAACAACAUCAAUACUGGCCACAGCCCAUCCUCCCAUGAUGCCAUAUCAUCCUCUUUGACUCCACUCUCUUCCUCACCACCUCCAAUUUCCUCCUCCUCUCCUCUACCAUGUGCCUCAAGAGAGCCAGAUGAUGAUCUUCCCACACCUGUGCAGGAAUCCCAACCUGUACUCUCAGCCCAGCAACAGCCCUCUCAGUCUAUGUCCCACACGCCCACUACACUUUCCUCUACCUCCCCCACAACACAAAAAGCCCCUGGUUCCCAAUUACCUCCUAACAUCAACCUCCAGGAGAUGAGUGUUGUCUUUUCUGCAUCAACUACAUCUACCACAAGUGUCUCUUCGCCCUCAUUUCCCACUGCCACGCUGUUAAGCCUGUCCCAGCCUACCCAGGAGUCGUCUUCACCCGCGCCUGGAACUCUACACUCAGCAUGUCUUCCAGACUCUAUUUCCCGUCCCCAGGCUCAGCCUAAUCUCAACAUCCAGCCUCAUAAACAAAUCAAGCAGGGUUGCACAUGGAGCAUACAAGACAGGUGCAGAGGUCCCAGUUUGGCUGAGGAAGAGACGGACAGUGAGGAUGAUGGUGGACUGCCUCGACGUGGCCACAGAUCCCAGGCCAGAGGAGUGGCAGGAAACAGAAAUGGAGCCAUGCAGAGAGAGUCUGGUCCAUCCAAUCAGCGGGAAAUGCAACCUUUCUCUGCUCCCCAGAUGUCCAACAGACAGUCGGGCUGUCCAAUCAACCACAGCCACAGGAUUGCAGAAGAGAUCGACCUUUCCUUCAAAAACAACUGUUCCAUAUUGGCUUCCUGUAAUGAGUCUGAGGGCGAGGGGUCGAUGCCUGAGCUGGAGGAGCCAGAGCCACUGAGACCAUCAGAGCCCCAGUCCUUUACAGAUGACGGGCUAAACAGACCAAAACAGAGUCGCAGUGAGAAGAAGGCCCGCAAGGCCAUGUCUAAACUGGGUCUGAAGCCGGUCCACGGUGUGACCAGAAUCACCAUUAGGAAGUCCAAGAGUAUCUUGUUUGUCAUCAGCAGACCAGAUGUGUUCAAAAGCCCUGCAUCAGACAUUUACAUUGUAUUUGGAGAGGCAAAGAUCGAGGACCUUUCUCAGCAGGCUCACAAAGCGGCUGCAGAGAAAUUCAAGAUGCCAGUGACCUCUUCUCCCCUGGCCCCACCUGUCCCACUCAGCCUCACCAUCAAAGAAGAUAGUGAAGAGGAGGAAGAAGAGGUGGAUGAGGGAGGUCUUGAGCAGAGGGAUAUCGAGCUGGUGAUGGCUCAGGCCAACGUGUCACGAGCCAAGGCCGUCCGUGCUCUGAAGCACAACAAGAAUGACAUUGUGAAUGCUAUCAUGGAGCUGACCAUGUGAUGUGGUGAGGAUGAUUUGACUCCUCAUCCCCUCCUCCAGCCUAUAAAGCCUAUACGCCACUGACUCUUCUGUAUCGCUGCCACUGUAUGUUGCAUCCCCAAUAUCCGCUAAAUAAAGUAUGUUCCAAUGUGG